AUGCAAUUCCUGUCAUACCUCGCCCUCGCGGCGCCCAUCGUGUCGGCGAUUCAGUUCACAUCACCCACCAUCAACUCGACGCUCGUCAAGGGCGCCGAGUACGACGUGACGUGGUCGACAGUUGACACGGACCCCACGGCUUUCAGCAUCUACCUGGUCAACUUUGUGAACUGGCCGCCGUUCUACCAGCAGGUGGCUGCCGACGUCGACACGUCACUUGGAGAGUACUCCAUUACGGUGCCGUGCGGAGUUGAUACUUCCUACGGCUUCCAACUCAACGCCAUCAACGGCACCAACGUCUAUGUCAUCUACGCGCAGACCGGCAAGUUCUCGGUCGCGCCUGGCAGUGCCCCUUGUGUUGAUACCUCCAGCACCGCCACGGUUUGCGCCGCCGCAUCCACCGUGACGGUUCUGGUGCCCCAGACGGGCUACGCUAACGGCACCGCCGUCGUCACCGCCGCCCCCCAGCCCACCAAGAAUGUCGGCCGGGAUGUGAGUGCGACCUGCCCCGAGACCAUAGGAUGGGGCUCAUCAGGCUACAGUAGUCCCGUUACCCUGACCAGCGUGCCACACCCCCCGACCGCCACGCCGACUAAAGCU